AUGGCUACGGUACCUCCAUCCCCAAAUUCACCCCCCUCAGCUGUUCCACCCCCUUCAAAAAGUACAGCACCACCACCAUCCUCUACUAGCUCCCCACCGCAAGCCUCUUCUCCUCCUCCUACACCUUCAAUUCCAUCCCCACCACCUCAAUCCCCUCCUCCUGCCACACCAUCAACCCCUCCACCACAGCCACAACCACCACCACCUUCUCCAGCUGUAUCCAGUAGUGAUCCUCCAUCGAACUCCAUUUCUCCUCCACCACCAUCAGCAACUCCGCCCGUGAGCUCACCUCCACCACCACCAUCAGCUUCACCGCCACCACCAACGUUGAAUCCACCUACAAGUUCCCCUCCACCACCAUCAUCAACACCACCACCUCAGAAUUCUCCUCCACCACCAUCAUCAACACCGCCACCACAGAGUUCACCUCCACCACCAUCAACAACACCGCCACCUCAGAGUUCACCUCCACCACCAUCAACAACACGGCCACCUCGGAGUUCUCCUCCACCACCAUCAACAACACGGCCACCUCAGAGCUCACCCCCACCACCAUCCUCAACACCGCCACCUCAGAGUUCACCUCCGCCGCCACCCUCAUCAAGGCCACCUCAAAAUUCACCGCCACCACCUCCUCCAACCCGAUCACAAUCACCUUCCAAUCCUCCCCCACCACCAGCAUCCGUGCCACCUCCCCGAAGAUCACCUCCGCCGCCAGCAUCAACUCCACCUGAGAAUUCACCACCUCCACCAGCGUCAAUAGCCCCUCGUCCCAGUAAUGCGCCCCCACCUCCUAGGCUUACUCCUGCAACUCCAACUGCUCCUCAACCAACACCUGUCCCAUCAGUUUCCACUCCACCAGCAUUGUCACCACCAACAAUAAGAUUGGCUCCACCUCCAGCCUCACUUGUUUCCCCGCCAUCCCACACGAACAAUACUACCCCUAAUUCACCUGAGAAUUCGAACUCCACAGGUAAUGGGGGCAUUGGUACUGGAGGUAUGGUGGCUAUUGGUGCAGCAAUAGGAAUUAUAAUGCUCAGCGUUAUUGGAUUGGCUCUCUGGUGCAUGAGGAAGCGGCGAAAAGAGAUUUCUGGACUUAAUGGUGUUUAUGUUAUGCCAUCUUCUCUGGGCUCUUCUCCAAGAUCAGGUUCAACUUUCACAAAGACUCAGUCCACGGCGCCCCUAAUAGCAAGUGGUUCUAGCAGUGAUUGUUUUUCUUUGCCAACUGAAUCAAGUGGAUUAGGUAAUUCAAGGCCUUUGUUUGCAUUUGAAGAGCUAGUCAAAGCGACAAAUGGGUUUUCAUCCCAAAACCUUUUGGGAGAAGGUGGAUUUGGUUCUGUAUAUAAAGGUUACCUACCAGAUGGUAGAGAUGUGGCAGUGAAACAGCUAAAAAUUGGUGGAGGGCAAGGUGAGCGAGAAUUUAAAGCUGAAGUUGAGAUUAUUAGUCGUAUACACCAUCGCCAUUUGGUUUCACUUGUGGGAUACUGCAUAUCUGAGACCCGAAGAUUGCUCGUAUAUGAUUAUGUCCCUAACAAUACCCUUCAUUUCCAUCUUCAUGGGGUGGGUAGACUGGCUCUGGACUGGGCAACACGUGUUAAGAUUGCUGCUGGCGCAGCUCGGGGAAUAGCUUAUCUUCAUGAAGACUGUCAUCCUCGGAUUAUUCACAGGGAUAUUAAGUCGUCAAACAUUCUUUUAGAUAACAACUUCGAAGCUAAGGUUUCAGAUUUUGGGCUUGCCAAGUUAGCUCUCGAUUCAAACACUCACAUAACGACUCGUGUUAUGGGAACCUUUGGGUAA